AUGUCGUUUAGGAGGCUGGGUGUUUGCCCUGAAAUUGUUGAACUUCUACGCGACAAGGGCAUUCUUGUUCCUUCGGAAGUUCAACGUGGAUGUAUUCCUCCUAUCCUUGAAGGUUUUUAGGUCAUUACUCGUUUACUUUUAUGUAGGCAACGAUAUUAUUGCAUGUGCACAGACAGGUUCAGGGAAGACCGCUGCCUUCGUCAUACCGAUACUGCAGGCGCUAAUGAGUGAGCCGAGACCAUUUUACGCGCUGAUUAUUACCCCCACCAGGUGAGAAAAGUUGAUUAAACAAAAACUUACAUUCCUACACGAGGGUGUUAAUAGCGUUUACCUAGCUUUAGAAUACCCCAGGACAUUUGCAGUUGUAUUUGAUAAAGACGAGCUCCAAUGUGCUUGCAAGAGAUAAACUUGUCUCGCAUAUUUGUCUUUGUCCAUCGAACAAACAAAACUCCUCAUCAACAGGUCCUGGUGACAGGAUACAUUAAAACAGUUAUUUUUGCGUAUUAUCUCUCGUAAGGCGGUCGUUACCAAGUCGGUACAAGUAUAUUGUUGUAUUGUUUGCUGCAGAAAGAUUACGGGGAAUCACUUGACUAAGGGCAAUUAUCUUAUUGACUGUUCCCAGCAUUCCCCUACUAUUUCACCAGUUUUCGUAGCACGUUCUCUAUAAGGAAUCACGACAGCAAGGGAAGGCUUGAGUACAGUCAAUACUGUCCAUUUGAGCUACUAGGCUCCACCGGGAUCUGCAAGUUUAAUCACACGGGUCAAGUUUCCCGCCCAGCCUAUUGCAACGUAUGCAAUCCGCCAAGGUCCCUUCAAGGUUGCCGAAUGUUUCACAGCAGGUUCAAAAUAAGCGAUAUUUUGUCUAAUUUUCUCCAAAGGUUGUCGUUUUCCAACCUUCUCCGUCGAUUUAACACACCUAAUUUUUGGUUUGUAGUCUGUUUUUGGAUAGGUCUUACGUUGAGCGUUUAUUUACUAUUCACAUGCAUCUAUGUUAGUGCGGAACAGAGCAGUACGACCGAGCCAUUAUUUUUGCUUCCAUACUUCAUAGAGAACUCGCUCACCAAAUUGGGGAGCAGACGGCAGGCUUAAAUCUUGUUCAGGGCAGCCCCAUCUGUACCGUGCAGGUCAUCACAGGAGGCCGAAACAUUGUUCAGCAGAGCGUCCAACUCUCUCAAGGACCCCACAUCGUCGUAGCAACUCCCGGCAGGCUCGCAGACCUUUUACGCACACAAAAGGCUACAGAUCCCAAUUGCGAACAGGAGUGGAAUCUUGCUAGACUAAAGGUUUUGGUCUUAGAUGAAGCAGACCGUCUACUUGAGGAUAACUUUGGCAAGGAUCUUUCGGAAAUUAUGUCCGCACUGCCCAAAGUCAGACAGUCCCUCCUAUUUAGUGCCACGUUCAGCCCAGCCAUCAAAAAUGCCGUCGAGGCCGCAAGGGUAAAGGCACUCGCCGAAAACCGGCGACCACCUCUUGUUUGGCAGGCCGAAGGCAUUGAGGCAGUAGCACCUGGUGCCACCGCAGCUACCGUCGAUACCUUGAGCCAACAUUAUCUCAUCACAAAACCUGAGCUAAAGGAGGCUUUUCUUGUCUACAUUGUGGACCAAUUUCUGACCGAGAGCCCCCAUUCCCUCAUCAUAAUUUUCUCCAAUAAAUGCAAGUGGUGCCACCUGUUGGGUCUUAUAAUGUCCGCUGUUGGCAUCCAGUCAGCUGUCCUGCACUCCUCCAUGCCCCAGCGAGAUCGAAUUACGGCACUGACGUCGUUCAAGUCAAGUCACAUACGCGUCUUGAUUGCUACUGAUCUGGCCAGCCGCGGUUUGGAUUUUCCCACCGUUGAUGUAGUUAUCAAUCACAACGUGCCCAUUAGACCAAAGGACUACGUGCAUCGUGUUGGUCGGACAGCACGUGCGGGAAAAGCUGGCAUGGCGUUGACUCUUGCAGAUCUCUUCGAAAUCAAACGCCUUCGGGCCAUCCAAACGUACAUUGGUAGGUUCCUCUGUCUGUAGCUAUCUACAUUUUUUGUGACCAAAUUUAACUGGUCACGAGACUUCAAGCACAUUUUCUUCCCACAUGCACCUUGCUUUUCUCCCAUUUUUCCUCAUCCCGUGCCUGAGACGGAGCCCAAAUCUUCCGGGAGGUAAACUGGUAGAGCAAGGGGGUCCUGCCUGAUAUUUCGUAUUCAGAGGAACCAAACACAGCGUGUGACAAUUUCGCUCGUAAAGUGCAUUCAUAUAUUACGUAAUCUCCUUGCACUCUGUAGAGCCACCUCUCCUCAGAAGAACUUUAUAAACCACAACCUCUUUUAUUCAUUUUGGCCUCUUACCAUAGGGAAACGCCUGAAGACACGCUUGCGCCGCAUUAAGCCUGAUCCCUUCUCAAAGAACUUCAUGUACGCGUGCUUGUUAAUGCCCUGA